AUGGAGCUCUCGCCAACGCCGGUAGAGAAGGAUACCUCCACCUCCAAUGUGCUCACCAACGGCGAUCUCCUUCGCAAGAUCCUUCUCCGCCUCGGAUGCCCGAGCAGCCUCAUUAGUGCCGCGCUCACUAGCAAGCGCUGGCUACGCGGCGCCUCCGAGCAGGCGGGCCACCCGCCGGGCCUACUGGGGGUCUACGUCUCCAGUGCUGGCAUCUCUAGCUCGGAGUUCAUCCCGCUCCUACAACCUGAUGCCUCUAUCCCGGAGGCGAGUGCUGUCCUCGCUGACUUCGAUCUCGGCAACUUUCCAGCGCCGAAUGUUUGCGACUGCCGGAACGGCGUGGUCCUCUUCGAGUUCGGCAGCGACGGUGAGACCUUCCACCGCGCUGGUCUCGCUGUGCGCUCUCCACUGCUAUACCCUGACAUGGACAAGGCCGCGGUGCUCCCACGGGCGCCGCAGCCCACCUUCUUGGAGUACCCUCAUGCUAUGCUCCUCCCUGCCGACCACGGCGACGAUGCCUUGUGCUACCGCGUCGACGUCCACACCAAUGAGUCUGACAAUAAGGUCACGGCGCUGGUGUGUGUCCUGCGGUCUGGCUCCUGGGCCAUCCGCUGCAUAGCCUGGGGUCUUCUCGCUAAGUCGCCGGUCAAGAGCCUUCCGACUACCGUGCUCGCCGGCGGUAAGAUCUACAUGGCGACCCAAGCAGGGUACAUCCUAGAACUGAACCUGGACAACGGGACGUUCUUCACCGUCGAUCUCCCUGACGGUGUGGAGCUUGAUCAGUACCCAGGCAACCUUGUCCACUGCGGGGGGGAUGAUUCUGUCCUCUACCUCUUCCAUGUGGAUGGGGAGAACAGGCUCAACGUCUGGCUCCGCAGGAUGAACGACGACCACGGGCACGGCGGCGCUGGUGCUGCUGGAGUGCUGGCGGCAGUGCCAACGGGCGACGGGGAUGAGGAUGCCGCUGCAGUAAUGGUGGUCGGCGCGGGGGACAAUGCCGAGUUCGUGUUCUUGGAGCUCGGUAUAACUGGCAUCGUCGUGUGCAUGCAUCUCAAGACCAGGGAGGUGAAGCAGGUGUACCAGAGGGAGCCAGACGACGACUACUUGAUUAGUGUUCGUCCGUUCAUGUUCGUCAGGCCUCCUGUUUUCCCAGUACAAGAUGCUCAUGAAGGCCAGGCCGCACCGCAUCAGGAGUACGAGUAA